UCCACUUCCACCCUCCGAAGACUUCAAAUCCAACAACACUUUGAACUUCGAUCUUGAUAAUUUUGAUGGAGUGGAGAAGGGGUCCUACCAUCGGUCGGGGCUCCUCCGCCGUGGUCUCUCUCGCCACCACCGCCGCUGGCUGUGUCUUUGCUGUUAAGUCUGCGAGUUUUUCUUCUUCAUGCUUGUUACAGAAUGAGCAGUGUUUGAUGUCUCAGCUUUCCUCUCCUUUUGUAGUCAAGUGCUUUGGCUCUGAUGUUUCUUGGGAGGAUAAUAAACGGGUUUACAAUCUGUUCUUGGAGUAUGUCGCCGGUGGCACGCUUUCUGAUCUGAUCAGGAGUCAGGGGGGUUGCCUGGAUGAGAACGUGAUACGGUUCUAUACGCAUCAAAUGCUCCAGGGAUUGAAUUAUCUUCACCUGAAGGGGGUUGUGCACUGUGACGUCAAAGGCCAGAACGUAUUGAUCGGCGAUGAUGGAUUGAAGAUCGCGGAUUUUGGGUGCGCGAAAUGGAGCGGUUCUGCUGUUCCCGCAUUCGCCGGAACGCCGGCGUACAUGGCCCCGGAAGUCGCACGCGGGGAGGAGCAAAGCUUUGCUGCUGAUGUCUGGGCCAUGGGGUGUACAGUUAUUGAAAUGGCCACGGGAUCUAAUCCAUGGCCGGAGAUGAAGGACCCUGCGUCAGCUCUUUACAGAGUAGCUUAUUCCGGCGACGUGCCGGAGUUCCCCAUCUGGUUCUCCGACUGUGCUAAGGAUUUUCUGAGUAAGUGUUUGAUGAGAGACCCCAAAGAGCGGUGGACGGCCGCUGAACUCUUGCAGCACCCGUUUCUCAACUCUGUGGAGGUGAAUUGUGGUGAAAUUAGAGAGUUCACCAGGAAAUCUCCGACUAGUGUAAUGGAUCAAGGCUUCUGGGAUGCUCUUGAGGUCCCGGAUUCUUCUCCAAACCCGACGGAUAUUGCUUCAUCUUCGGAUUCUCCGACAGGUAGGAUCCGUGGUUUGGUCGGAGAUGCUUUCUUGCCGAACUUGAAUUUACCAGUCUGGAAAGAGGAGGAAGAUUGGAUGACCGUCAGGGCCAAUGAAGAUGAAGAAUUUUCAAAAAUUCAUCACGACAGUGAAAACAUGAACCAAGAUUACGGUAUAUUUCCGAGUAUCAACGAAGAAGAGAUUCCAACUCCAGAUGCCGUUGAAGGCUCAUUCUUUAAUUCUUUUCCUGAUGAAAUUAGUAGUGUUGAUGUUAGUAAUUUUCCAGUUUGGAGUAGUGAUAGUGGUAACUAUGAUUCUGUAUCAAGAAUUGUUGUUCUUAAGAAAACAGUAAUGGAAUUUUUUACUCAUCCACAUCAAUUUUUCCUACAAUCCUUCAAAGUACGGGUGAUUUACAAAUUUACAUUAGAUUGUGUGUGAAAAUGUGAUUUAACC